GUCGCCGAAAGCCGGCAAGUCUGUCAAGGACAUCAACCGGUGCCAGGAGAUUAUGAUCAUCAUCAUCCCGUGGUAUCCGCCGGAUUCAUAUCCGUGUCCCUCCUGUUCGCGCUCGCGUACCACCGGCACAAGGAGGCCACGUGGGCGCUGCUGUCUUUCGCCACCCUGGCGCUCCUGGUGCUGGCGAGCAGGGCCGGAUCAUGCCUUUUCGGUACGGUGGCUGGACCCUGAUGAGAAGUGGCAGUUCUAUACAGUGGCGAUGUGCUUGGUCGCGAUCGUAGCAGCUACUGUCGUGGGGGUGUUCACGUACGGCGAGUUCCUGGGGAAGUAUUGGAACGCCAGGGGCAGCCACUCCUACGCGAACGUGCUUCCAUCAGAAGAUGCUGCAGGAUAUGCCGAUGCAGGGAAGCUGGUGUUCGCGGAGGAGGCUCGACUGGAUGUGAGCAGGGCGCUUGGCUACAAGGACGUGAACGUUUACUGCGUUGCGCCCGUUCUGGACGAUGCCCCCCUCGCAGAGGUGCAAUUCUGGGCCGUCGGUGUGGACUGCUGCGAGCAGAGGGGUUCCUUCGACUGCGACGACGCCUGGGACUCCGACGCCAGAUCGGGGGUGGUCGUGAGCCCGCUGCACGGGUGGCACUCCCAGUACGCCCUGGCGGUGAGACAGGCGGAGCACGCUUUCGAACUCGCCUCUGCACAAGAGCCGGUCUUCGUGAGGUGGGUCGUGGACCCCGAGAAGGUCACCCGGAACUACUUCCACUUCGGCGUGGGCAUUCUCGUCGUGGCCGUCGCGGCCUACGGGGUGCUGUCCUGCGUGGUCGCGCACUUCCUGAAGACGGCGAGGUCACCCCGGAGGGACGGUCGCGGUGGCGGCGCCCACUCUGGACCGCGGGACGCGCGGGGCGCGAAGGAGCCGCCGCACCAGGCCUGAGCUCCCGCGGCGGCGCGCGGCAGGUCCGCACGCGCGCGCGGUGAGGCCCACAGGAGAGGAACGCCCUCCUCCUCCUGCUCCUGCUCCUCCUCCUCCUCCUCCUCCUCCUCUUGCCCUCCUCUUCCUCCU